AUGGAAUCAGUUAAAAAUAGAAUUUAUAAAACUCAAGAACAUGUUCAUCAUCAGGAUCAUUCAGUUCAAGAUGGUAAUCAUCCAAAAUCAUUAAAAUCAGAGAGUAAAAUAAUUAGAUCCGAUUAUCAAUUAUUGGCAGACCAUUCUGAAUCAUGGAUGGAUUCAGUUCAAGAUAUGCAAACCAAAUGGGAGGUAUUAGCCAAUACCAUUAACAGUUUCGGUGGUGGUCUCUAUAUUGAUAAUUCAAGAAUUCAUGAAUUAUCCGAAGGUUUCCAUAGACUUCAAAAUCUUAUGUUUCCAAUUCUCAAAACCACUAAAAUUGGAAUUCAUGAUAAUGCUGAAAUCAUCUCUCAUCAUUCUGUUGAAAAAUUAAAGAAACAAAACCACCAAAUGGAAAACAAUAGAGUUCGUGCCGAUCAUGCUACUCAUAAAUUGGAUAAAUAUAGAUCAAAAUCUAAAACCAAUCCAACAACUUUAAAAAAGAAAGAAGCUGUUGCUGAAAAAGCUACAAUUAUCUAUGAUGAUAGUUAUCGUAAAUAUCAACAUGAUAUUAGAGAUUUGGAAUUCAAGAGUGUCGAUAAUCUUCAUUUCUCAAGACAAUUGUUAUUUGAUUUACAAAGUUUCUUUAAUCAUGGUUAUGAAGUAGUUCAUAGUUUUAGAUUAAGUUUGGACCAAAAACCAGUUAAAGAAAAAUUACAUUCAAGAUUUGGUUUAAUUGAUCAAUCUUUACCACCAACUUAUGAAAAAUAUCAUUCAAAUUGGAUUCCAAAAGAUCAUAAUUAUCCAGUACCACAUGGUUCAAUUAUUUUUGAUGAAAAAGAUGAUGCAUCAUCUAAUGAUGAUAAAGAAAGUGAACAAACCAUUGAAGAAACUACAACAACAACUACCACAACAACUUAUGAAGUUCCAAAAGGUACAAAAAUUGAUGAUUUAAAAAUGGAUGAAGGUACAUCAUCAUCUUUCAAGAGAUUAAGUGUUAGUGAAACUAAUAGUCCAAUUCAACAAAAGUCAACUUAUGUCUCUAGUAACACAACCAAUGCUGGUGAUUUAUCAACUUCAACUUCAACAUCAACUACUUUUUAUGAAAACCCUCAAACUCAACCUGCUGAAAAGAAUAUAAUCAUUCCAACAAUUAUUAAAGAAACAUCAGCACCAUCAUCUUCAACUUCAACAACCAUCUCUCCAAAGAUUGUUAGUGAAUAUGUUUACCAAAGUGAAAAUUCAAAACUCCCUUCAGAAUAA